AUGAGGAAUCAGCAGGUAACAUAUUCAACCUCAAGACAUUUUGAGAUUUCUUCAGAAUCACUGCGUGUAGCCAGUCCUCAUGAGACGCAAGGGCCCAGAGAGGUUGGCCACAAAGAGUGUUCAAUCUCCUUACAUCUCAUUGCAGUGGCUCUCGGAAUCCUUUGCUUACUUCUAAUGAUGGCAAUCGCAGUGUGGCUGACAUACAUUUCUCAAUAUAGUGGAAACAAACAUGAACUGCAGAAAACUCUAAACAACCUCACUCAAAAGUAUCAAACCCUGCAAAGUAACAACUCCCUAAUGAAAGAAAUGCUGAGAAAUAAGUCUAUAGAGCUUGAUGACUUCAAACGUCAGAAGGAACUUAACUCCUCCAACAGAGAACAGAACAGAUGCUGUGGGGAAACUAAUGUUUUAGAUCACAUAUGGCUCACAGGCAAAUAUGUUGGUGGAUACUGGUUCUGCUCUGGCAUAAAAUGUUAUUUCAUAAUGGACAAUAAACACUGGAGUGGAUGUAAACAGACCUGCCAGGACUGCAGCUUGUCACUUUUGAAGAUAGACGAUGAUGAUGAACUGAAGUUCCUUCAGGUCAAAGUUAAUGCAAACAGUAACUGGAUUGGAUUAUCGUUUGAUACAGGAAAAAGCAAAUGGCAAUGGAUUGACAAUGGCCCAUCUAACCUGUGA